AUGACAGUCCAAUCAAGUGUCGACUGGGCGACGAUACCCAACGCCGCCGACUUUGUGAAAUGGCCAAAGAACCGGGGUCUAGCCAGUUUGUUCUUCUUUUCGUCCAUUCUUUAUGUUGGGCAAUUCCUCAAUGGGUAUGAUGGGACUAUCACAGGUGGUCUACAAGCGCUGCCAGAUUGGCACACCGACCUGGGUAAUCCCGAUGCCAACCGAAUUGGCUUGAUGAACGCAGCGGCCUACAUCGUCGGAAUCUGCAUGGGACCGAUCAAUGCCUACGUGGUAGAUCGAUUCGGUAGGAAAUGGCCCAUCAGAUGGUUUACCCUUACGAUGAUGCUAGGUACUAUUGUCGGUGUGAUCGCUGGUGUCAAACAAGGAAACACUGGUUACGCACUUUUCGUAGCUUCAAGAGCGAUCAUUGGGUCUGGUAUACCUCCGUUCUUGAUGACUGCUCAGAUCAUGAUGCAAGAGAUAGCUCACCCUCGAUUCCGUCCUCAACUUGCGGCUCUGUGGGAUGCCAACUGGGUGUUCGGCUCUACGAUCGGCUCGUUGAUUACCUUUGGUUCAUCUUACCUUAACAACUCGUGGUCCUGGCGAAUCCCAUACCUCUUACAGCUGGUCCCGGCGGUCUAUAUGUUGACCGCUGUGCAAUUUGUCCCUGAAACACCGAGAUAUCUCAUCGCAAACGGACGGGAAGGAGAAGCUCACGAAUUCUUUAUCAAGUAUCAUGGUAAUGGCAAUGUUGAAGAUGAAUUGGUAGCAUUCGAGUGGGAAGAGAUGAAGGCUACAAUUGCACUCGAAGAAGCUAGUAAGAGGUACACUUGGAGACAAGUACUGAAGAUUCCUGGCAAUAAACACAGGUUGGGUUUAGCAGCUUUGAUGACUUUCAUGCCUCAGCUUAACGGAUCCAACAUCAUCACCAUGUACUAUUCUGUCGUCCUCGCUCAAUGCGGUAUCAAAGGAGCGGCUCAAACGACUGGUAUUGGAACAGGUUUGAAUUUGUGGUCAUUCAUCCUCCAACUCGCCGGUGCAUACUCCCUGAAACACAUCAAACGGCGACACAUGGUUUUGGUCGCCUGGCCAUGUUUGGCUAUCGGAAUGGCAGCGAUGGGAGCGUCCAAUGGAGUUUAUGCCAAAUCGGGCCAAACCAACAAAGCUGCCGGUAUAGCAUCCGUAGCGAUGGUCUGGAUUUAUUCGAUCCCCAACAAUUUCAGUCAACCGUUAUUCUACUCUUAUCCGGCCGAAGUAUUGAAUUAUUCUCUCAGAGGGAAGGGUAUGGCAGUUUGGAAUACGGUCAACCAAGCUUGGGGAGCUUACGGCUCAUACGUUAAUUCUAUCGCACUUGACACCAUCGGAUGGAAGUAUUACUUGGUCUUCGUCCCUAUUUUAUCAGUCCAAUGGGUCUUGGCCUAUUUCUUCAUGGUCGAGACAAAAGGAUUCACCCUGGAAGAGAUUGCAAUAGCCUUCGAAGGUACCGGUGCAGCUGUCUCGAAAGUCGAUCAGAGACUGGCAAGGGAGAAUGAGGUAGCACAAGAGGGCAAAGACGACGAAAAAGGGCCAGAAGGGGCAGUAUCAGUAGCUGUCAUGGAGGCAUAG